UCCUUUGCAUUUAACUUUAAUGUAGGACGGAUCUAAGCUGGUAACAAGCUUUAGGUCGCAAUGGAAAACCACAUCUCAAGGAUGUUGACCAUUUCAACAGUUGUGUGGACCUCAUUGUACGGAUCUCCCGUGGACCAACAUGUUACGCCGGAAACCAUGGCGCUGUAUAAUAGCAUGCUGAAGCUGGCCCGCAGUCCUGAUAAGGUCAUGUUCGGACACCACGAAGACACAUUGACCGGCAUAUCCCCUGGCAACCCCAACUACCAGGUGACAAAGUAUGCACACGCCUGGAAACCUUUUUGGAAGUUUACGACCUCACAAGUAGAUCGUGGUGAUGAGGACGAGUUAUCAGACAUAAGAAGUGUAACUGGAGAGUAUCCUGCAAUCGUAGGCUUCGAUUUCAAAAACUUCAACGCCGACGAAAUGAAAGUCUUGACAUACCUGGUGAAGAAAGCCCACGCCAGAGGGCAGGUUGUAACAGUCUGUCAGCACAACAACAACCCAGUGUCGGGGGGAUCCUUCAGGCUAAGCUGGGACAACGGCACCGUGAUCCACACACUCAGACGCUCGCUACCAGGUGGGGAUGCUCAUACAAGAUACAAGGCCAACCUGGACAAAAUCGCUUCCUGGGCCAACACACUGAAGGACGCAAAUGGGAAGUCAAUCCCCAUCAUCUACCGACUGUUCCACGAGAUGGACGGUGACUGGUUCUGGUGGGGCAUCGACAACAGAUGCCACAACACACCCAAGGAUGUCCGAGAUAUCUUCAGAUACACGGUUUCCUACCUCCGAGACGUAAAGGGGGUCCAUAACUUCCUGUACAACUUCGCCAUCGACUGCUUCUCGAAAACAGACAAUUUUCACUUGCUGUACCCAGGGGAUGACUUCAUUGACAUCAUUGCCGUCGACUACUACUACAAAUUUACCCCCACCACAACAAAGAAAGCCUUGAAGACCAAUCUUGCAAACCUUGUAGACAUAGCCGAAUCGCGAGGGAAGAUCCCGGCCAUAGCAGAGGCCGGUAUGUUUGAUGACGGAAUAUUCAACCAUACGAAUUUCUGGACUGACAAUUUCUUGACUGUAAUGAAGACCGACCCAAAGCUUCGUCGCAUUCUGUACAUCUUAGGGUGGCACAACAUUUGCUGGUCAAACGAUAUAUGCGAAUACUGGGUUCCUUUUAAAGGAUUCAGUGGUGCUAGUCAGUUCCGCGAUACAUUUUACAAAGAUCCUGUUAUGGUAUUUGAAAAGGAAUUACAUGCUUUAAAUGUUUAUGGUUGAAAUACAAAUGAUAGUCUUCGCUGUA